GAAAUGGGCUGAUGUCUAGGCAAACCUAUAGAAGGUUCAAAUCAAGGUCCUCGAGCUGAACCUUCUCUCCCUAAAACACGAGGAGAAGUUACACCUCUUCUUUUGGAUCAAGAGCAGCCAACCAAAUACUCCAGAAAUGCACUAAUAAACCUAGUCAACGAAUCUUCUGAAUAUUCAGAGUCUCUUUACUCAUCAAAAUAAGCAUGAAGAGGGAAAGCAGAAUUCAUUCAGAGGAAGCAUUGACCAAAUUCAAAGCGAACACAUCAAAAUUAUGGGAAAUUCAUCAACUACACAGAAAUUUAAGAGAAUCAGAGGUAAGAUAAAUGGCAAAUUCCCUCCCUUAUCAGACACCCAAAUCCUCAAAACCACCCUUUCCCAGUCAGAAACCUCCACUCCCAGCUUAAUCCCUCCCAACCAGCCAGAACCUCGCCCAUCCCUGACCAGAUUCACAACUCCUGAUUUCAUCCGUGUUCAUAGCUUGAUCGUUAACCACCCAGAGCCUACUUGGGAGUUCAUUCUUCAGAAGAUGAACGAGGAGAGGAAGGAGAGUUGACUAACAGACCUGAAGUUGUCAGUGAAACAGCAGGCGAGGCAGCUGCAGAAGAAGUAUGAAGAUCAUUUUAGAAUUACUGUUGAUUCGAUCUUGUGCACACUUGAGGUUGGCUGGGAUCAUUCGUGGGAUGAGCAUAUGAAGGAGAUUCAUAGGCAGAUUAGAGGAAAAGUGAACAAGCAUUUAUUGGAUAAGUUGGAUGAGCUUUUAGAAGGUGAAAAAGAUGUUCUAGGGGAUAUUCAGAGAGUGGUUGUCAAGGAUAUUAGAAGGGGAAAAUGAGAGCAAGAACUUGUUGAGUUGAUCAAAGAUAUUAAGGAUGAAAGUGAAAUUUUUGAUUACUAGUGAGAUCAGCGAGCUCCAAGAAGUGAUUUCCUUAUUUUCUGCCAAAUAUUAACAAUAAUUCUAUCUUUCAAAUCCCA